GUUCAGUACCAGAAGUGUCUUGUGGCCUCUGCAGCUCGAGGCAAGGCCUGGGGUGCCCAAGCCCGUGCCCGCCUGCGGCUCAAGAGGACCAGCUCUGUGGACUCCCCAGGAGGUCCCCUGCCUCUCCCCUUGCUCAAAGGAGGGGUUGGGGGUGCAGGGGCAGCCCCUCGAAAGCGGAGUGUCUUCUCCUUCCUUGAUGCCUUCCGGCUGAAACCCUCUCUGCUCCACAUGCCCUAAGUUAAUCAGGGAGGACUGGGGAAGGAGGCUCUGGGUCCAGGCCCAGCUCUAUCCCUUCAUUCCCCAGGGACCUGCAGCCUCUCACCCAUCAGAGCCUUUUCUGCCUGCCCCACUGACCCUUGUCCACUCUCUAUUUAUUGUUUAUAUAUGGAUGAUUGAGAGGCCCUGCACCACAACCUAGGCCCCUGGCUCUCCUCUCCCUGGGUCCUUGUUCUUGCCCCUCUUAAACCCUGGACAGUUGGCUCUACCUCAGCAACACUUUAUAACAAAAUCAGUACAAAUAAAAAUCCCUCAGUGACCUCACUGGAUGUAAGUAUAUUGGGCCUGGGACUGGGUCGGGAGUUAACCUGUAAGAGCUGAGUGUCUGUGAAUGUUCUUGGUGUUGGUGGCUGCCUGUAGUCACGUGAGGGCAUGGGUGUGUUGGCAGUCUGACUUCAUUCAUUUAACAAAUGUGUUUUCUAAGGUCUUCUCUGUGAUAGGCACUAAGGUCAGCACUAAAAUAGGGGCUCCACCUUCUGAGACUGUAUAAAUGAGUUAAAUAAACAAGCCAGAAAAUAAUACGUAGUGCAACUAGGAAAUCUCAGAGGGUUGUGGGAGCUCAGGUUAGACCCUGAACCUGGCCUGAGGCAUUACUAGGCUUUCUGAAAGUGUAUUCCAGCCUAGAGAGUGUAAAAUGUUCAGCGCAGUGGACAGAGGUUCUGGAAGUCCACUUGGUUAGAUCAUGGUGGGGCAGGAACUUUAGCUUAAAGUUGCUCCUGAGAGCACCUGUGAGAUUCGGAAAGACGGGACCCACGGAAACCCCCCUCAUUGGUACUACUUGGUCAGGAGCACACAUUUAUGAGUCCCUUAGGGAGUUGGAGCAGGGUCUUCACAGCGCCUCCCAGCGUUUCGGCACAACCCUCCAACCUGGAGAGCGCCAGGCAACCAGCUCUGCUGGGGGCGUGCUUGUCAGCGCUGCCUGUGCCCGCCCCGGAAGUGACGUGCUGCCCCGCUGGCCGGGCGGAAGUGGAGAUGGCGGAGCGGUACGUGAAGCCGGGCAACAAGGAGCGCGGCUGGAACGAUCCGCCGCAAUUCUCAUACGGGCUGCAGACCCAGGCUGGCGGACCCAAGCGGACGCCGCUCACCAAGAGGGUUGCCCCUCCCCAGGAUGGAUUGCCCAGAGUCCCCACGUCAGAGAUGUCACCUGGGGCCCCCGCAGUGGGGCAUCUGCCUCCUUCAAGUAAAGCUUCCAGGCCUCCACUUGGAGGGAGUUGUCCUCCCUCCAGCAUGGAGCCCACACAGUGCUCCGUCGUUGAGUUGGAGAUUCUGCUGGAAGAUGUACUGAGCCCUCUGGAACGAGCAUUGGAGGACUGCCGUGGCCACACAAAGAAGCAAGUAUGUGAUGACAUAAACCGACGCCUGGCUUUGCUGCAGGAACAGUGGGCUGGGGGGAAGCUGUCAGUGCCUGUGAAGAAGAGGAUGGCUCUGCUGGUACAAGAGCUUUCAAGCCACCAGUGGGACGCAGCAGAUGACAUCCACCGCUCGCUCAUGGUUGACCAUGUGACCGAGGUCAGUCAGUGGAUGGUGGGAGUUAAAAGAUUAAUUGCGGAAAAGAGGAGUCUUUCUUCAGAAGAGGAGGCCAAUGAAGGGAAAUCUACAGCCGCAGCUGAGCAGAACCAGACCUUGCCAGGCAUCCCACACACCCCAUAGUCCUGUGGGCUCCCGUCUCCUCUCACACCACUCCCAUGCCUUGGCACGGGAGGCCUUCUCUAACUCUGCUCCCUUGUACCACUUGGGAGACUGCCUGUUCCACUGAGGUCUUUGGCCUGACCCUUCUCUGGGCCACGGGGAGGUCACUUGUUACCUAUACUGUAAGCAGUUCAAUAAAAACAUCUCCACGUGGUGGGCGCUGGGUAGGAGAGAUGAGCCCUUCCGAUGCCA